AUGGAUGUGAACGCAAACAGUAAACUUAAACGCAAGAAGAAAACCCAUGGGUUAGUAUCGUGAGAAAUUUGUUGGUUGGUGUUUCGUGUCGGUGUGAGAAUCGUGAGGUAGAAAGGUUCCGAUUGUCCGACUUGAGCCUGGACAUGGUGUGAUGUUUGUGUGGAGUGUUCUCACCUAAACUUUUACCGUGGUUUCGUGAAUUGUGCUUCUAAAAUAUAACACAGGGAAAGUACUAAGCCGAAAUGAGAUAUUUAUUGCCUAAAUCUUGUUUUUCUAACUGCUUUUUUAGGCCUGGGAACCCAUCGAAACGACAUCGCGAUCGACUUAACGCCGAGCUGGAUAAUCUCGCAAGGCUGCUGCCUUUCCCAGAAGAAAUCGUCACGAAACUGGAUAAGAUUUCCAUUCUUAGACUUACAGUGAGCUAUUUGAGAGCAAAGAGUUUCUUUCAAGGUAAUAAGAAUUUUGCAUUUAUUCUUUUCUAGUUUUGCUGGCUGGUUUGCCUAUAUCGUGAAAAUUUUUACUUCAUCGUAGACAAUUGCGGUGUUGGUUGCUACCAUCAAUUAAGCUUAUUUUUUGUAAGUUCGCCUGUGGAUUUGAAUUUCACAAUUUGUUCAACCCGCAGUCAACCUGGAGAGCUUUUGAAGAUUGAUGCAUUUUAUGAUAUUAAAUUGAUUGAUUUUUGCUUAUCUUAGUUGUCAGUCAUGUCUGUAGGGAAAUUGAAAAAUUCAUUUUCAUGGCGGACAUUUGAAGUGUUUGUGCUGUUUAUGGUAUCCUCUCAACUUUAUGUUUACUAAGCUCAAGCCACGAAAAAUUGCGUUGCUGCAACUUAACGUAAAUAAAAUAAGAUGAAAGGGGAUAUCCUUAAACGUUUUGAUUAUUCUUAAGACCGGGGGCAAAAAGGUCAUAUGUGAUGGCCCUACAUGUAUUAUAAUGAACGUUUUCCCGUUUCGUUGUCGCGAGGUUUUUGGUAGUGAACUGGGAGCAGACAUUUUCAAAUUUGCUUUCCACGGCUUAGGCGUAUACAGUGGUAUCAACCAAGACUAGUGUUGUUUGGAUAUUUGUCUGCUGGAAAGCGAGCUGCUUGCAUAAAGUGAUUCUAUCGCUUUCCGGUUUCUGACUAAAGUGUAGUGACUACAUGUUUGCGCCGGCGAAAUAUUAUCACUGGUUCACUCGCGAUACGUGACUUUAUGAACGAAGCUUUGGGCUCCGGAAUGUCUUACCCUCAAGAAUUUGAAAUGAAAGCAUGACAGGCAUUAUCACCCAGAUUUUUAUGGAGUUUAAAAUGGAAUCCAACAAAUUCAAGAGUAUCGGAUCGACAAACUGAACAUUGUUGUUCUUUUUUUUUCUUUUUCAACGUCUGGCAAAGCGGUUUCAGGGUUGGUGUGUUCGCGCUUGGAUUUUUUUUAUUUUCGAUGGUCUUUAAUAAUACUCUGACCCUACUGAUUACGGUUUAACGUUAUAAAAGUUAAAUAACAAGAACGACUAAAGGCUAUUGUUUUUAAAGUUUGUUUUGUGGCGCGACGCUUCUACCGUCCGCAUUGAAUAAAACCGCCCAGUAGUUCAAUGUUGGUUUCUUGCGAUCGGAAAUUGCCAAAAUAACUUUUUACUACGCUGAUAAAAAAUAAUCGGUACAGGGCCUUUUCUUUAUAAUUAACAGAAUUAUCCUUAGUUUAUUCCUCGUCAAGACCGAGCUUUAAAGAACCAAAUUGGUUUUGUGUUGUGAUCUAGAGUUUUUGAAUACUGCUCUGGCGAUUCACACCUCUUGCAUUAUAAAAUACAUUUGAUGUAAACCACCAGUCACGCAGAGUACGACGAAAGCGAAAUGUUUAUUAACCUUUGCUCACGCAACUAUAUUUCGUGAAUGAGGAAAAAAUCUGAUUACUCCAUGCAGCGUUCAGUUUUCUCCUUUCACUGUGUGAAGCAAAAUCGGAGGGUGUUCAUUGCGUGUCUGGGCUUUAGAGGAAUUCAUGAAUCGUUUAUAUAAGGUUAUUUUUCUUGCAAAGUUACUUGGUUUGUGUUUUUGGUGAGCCAUUUUGCGGAGUUACGUUACCCUUGACCUAUGCGAUUUGAAAGAAAAAAAUUGUUUACCCUUCGGGUAUUCAAAUAAUCAAUUUGAGCGUCCACUUACAUUCAAGUCUAGCCAUACGUGUAAGUUUUGCUUUUAUGCGGUUGUAGAGCUGCGUGGCGGCUAUACUUACUACGCCUUUUAUUGGCUACAACUCCCCCAUAUUUCGUAGGUUAAAAAAUAGGCCUGUUUUGAUCUUUUAUGGAGCAACUUGUAACGUAAAUUGGUUCACUUUGCUGACUGCUUGAAGCAACAACGGCGUCGAUAUAACUUCGCGAGAUUGCUUAUGUUAACGCCCCGAUCAGAUUGAAUAAAUUCGAGCUCAUUUGGUUUCGCUCGUCUUGCUCCACAAAAGCUCGUUAUUGUUUGUCCAAAAGGCCUCCCGUGGUGCGGGAUUUUUCUACGCGAAACAAAAUUUUCUGUCCACCCAGCUGCUAGACGCUUAAAGCAAGGUUUAGCUCUAUAAAUAUGGUACUUAAGUAAACAAUAUUGCUUCGUCUCUUCUUGGAUCACUUUUUUGCAUAUGAAUGGCCUUUCUGUCGAUUCGAGGAGUCGAUCAAUAUUAAUAUAAGCUUAAAUGCUGCACAACUCGUUCACUAUGGAAAUUUUCGUUAGAGUCCACUCAUUGAUUUUCUGUAGCUGAAAGACCUGUGUUGUCUAUCAGACACUAUCUUAUUCUUGCGUAAAAUUUACAGUUCAUGUAUGUUAAUUGUGAGAGUCGUGGUAUCUUUAAAGAAAACCAUUUGAGACCGUAUAGCUAACAGAACGUUGACAAAUUCUUGUUUGCUAUUUUUUUUAUCAGUGGAUAACAAAAGUAGCUAUAGUUUACAGGAAAAUUAAUAAGAGGAGAAACUGAAUGUGUUGACAUUCAAGUUCACCGUGUCCCUUCGAAUUUUUGCGUCUCGUUUUGUCCAGUGAGGUAGUACUGUACGUUUUCUUCGCGUACAAUGGCAAUUACAUGCAAAGCUUUCUGAUUAUGCAAUGUUUAAAAUUUUUCUGGUGUGGUGUCGACCUUUAAACGUCACCUCAUAUAUAUAUAUAUAUACCUAUUGGUAAAAAUACAUGUAUGUGUUCUCUUGGAGACUGGCUAGGGUCACAUGUAAUAAAGUUGCAAUGUAAUUUUCAAUUUGUUUAUGACCGUGCUUUUGUGCUUCUGUAUCGUUUCCCAAGUUUAACCACAAACAAUUCCUCAUUUGCAAUUUUAAUCAUUCUGUUAAGCCCUGGAGUGAUCUAAUCGAUCUACAGGAUCGCCUCUUUUUUGUGAAGUGUUAAUUAAAUUUUGAUUUGGAUCUUACAAGAUCUUUUGAUUCUGACCUAAACUUUCUCUCUGCUUACAUGCUAAUAAAUUCUUUUAGUUUCAAAUGGAAGACAUGGAACAGAGGAAACCUGUGAAGAACUUGUCAGAGAAGUUGAGGGGAAUGGCGUCUUCUCACAGCUUUCUUUGGAGGUAAGAGAAAAUGGCUCAAAUAUGUGCUGAGAUCAAGGGUAACAGACUAUGAAUAAGGGGUUGCAAGGGCAGCCUUUUCAUACAAGUUGGGAAAAUGUAAGCUUCUGUUUUUAAGUAACACGUUAAGAUCAAAGCUUGCCCAUCCCAUUUUUUAGUUAUCAUCAAUAGGACCCUUGUGUAACAUUUCACUUUUUCAAAAACUAUUUCCUGUGAUGGCAGUACCCUGUUAAUUUGUGUUGGUUGAUGCCCUACUACCACAACUGGGGUCAUUUAUUUCAGAGUUUAUGCAGAUCAGAUGCUAAUGGGCUAUAUUUGUACGACUAUGUUCUUUUUUUGAUAACUCAUCAAGGACAGUGUAUACAGCCUUGAUAGACUCUCUCAGUUAGUGUUGGUUGCCGGGGAUUAGAGGAUCUUUUACUUCUUGUGAUAUAGAAUUACCAUGAUAAAAAUUCCUGUGAGGAAAAUCUGAUUUGUUCAAGUUUACUUCCUAAAUAAUUUCUAACCCACGUAUGGAGCUGACCUUGGCUAAUUUUCCGUCUACCAAUCUUGACUUAAUUGCUUUUUUGUAAGAGCUAAAGUCUCAUAAGAAGCUUUUGCACCAUAGUCUUAAUAUCUGGAUUCUUAUAAUUCCAUCAGGUUCUCAGUGGAUAAUGACUACUUAGGUUCUAAAGACAUUUCCUAUUACUAAAUACUGUAAAAGAAUCAGCUGAAAGAUCCUAACCCUCUUAAUGAGAUUUGUUAAUGUUCACAAGUAGCAUGUACAUAACCUUGCUUCUCUUCAAAAUAUUUUAGUUAUCAUUAUUUUUAUUUAAGUGAAUUUUUUAAAGAUAUAUUUUCACAUGAUUUUGAUUUAAGUGAUUUAAGUGCUGUUGCAGAACAUGUUGUAAGUGUCUGUAGACAGCCUGAGGGAAGUCAACAUUUGCAAACACUUUUACUAUCAUGUAAUUGAUUGGCGUUGAUCAUGAUCAACUUCGAGUGCUAAAAUACAAAAAUUACAUUUCUGGUAGUAUUUACGUUAUUUUUUGAUGGGGACAGUUAUUCAAAAGUUUCCUUCUUUCCCAUUAACUUCUGUGACAGAUAUCCUUUUGUUUUGUCUGUGGUAUAAUGAUUGUGUAAUGAUCAGUUGAAUUAUGGUAUAAAAAUUUUCUCUUCAUCCACUGCCACACCUUGGCAAUUCGAUCUACUCCUCGUUCAUUGUAGACUUUUGGGGGGAGGGGGGCUUUGACUUCCCUCACUCUGCCAAAGUAAAAGCACCACUUAUGUUCAUUUAAAUAUCAUUAAUUUUUGAACAAUUGAAUUUUCACACACACACGCACACGAAAGAACCCAAUAAAAUAGCAAUUUUUUGCAUCUCUACAAAGCCUCUUAGUUUAAGGAACAUACAGUGUAUGUCUGUACCUACAGAGUAUUAAACUACUUUCCAUUUGUCCAGUAUAGACUUUUUUUAUCAUUGUGUUUAUUGGGCAAAACACUGUCUUUUCCCUCAAAAAUUAUGAGAAAGCCUUAUCUGGUGCUAGAAGUUAACCAUAGGUUUAAGCUUAUUUGUUAGAUGCUGUAUGCCUUUGGUUAAAAAGUAGUAAAUUUUUCAAUUUCAAUUCAGUUUCAAUAAACUGACUGACAAUUGCAUAUAGAGAGAGCAAUAGUUUAAAUUACUCUUCGUGAAGUAGCACUUUUUUUUCCUCUUACAAGUCACUUUGGUCUUUCUUAAAUUACAUUUUUCCAACCAGUGCACUAAGCAAACAUGAUGUGUGGUGUACAGUAUACUUCCACUUGCAAUUACCAUUAAAAGUUUAAAGGUGUCUCUAUCACAUGUGUAAUUUCUUCCCUCAUGUGUUUUAACAUGCCAUGCAACCUGCUACAAUUGCCCAACAUGACAGGUUGUUUUGUUUCCUAUCAUUUGUCUAAGCUACAGUCUAAGACAAAUAAUAGUUGGGCUGGUUUUUCACUUCUUGCCUGUCUCCUCAUCCUCCCAAUGUUGUUUAUCGCAGCUAACAAGCCAGAUCCGAUCUUGUCCACCAACAUUGGGAGGGUAAACAAUUAAGACAGUAAAGUGUCCCAAAAAUUUUGAUGGAAACUGUAGUUAGAAGAAAAGUAGUAAAUGGUGUUUAAUUAUUUAAGAUUGUGUGUCUCUCUCUGUCUGGCAUAAGCUGGUGUUAAAGUUGUUAUAAUUUUAGACUACAAGGUGAAGCAUCAUGUCUCAUGCAAUCACGAAAAUUCAGGGAUGCUCAUGAAUUUGGUUUCUAGGUUAUUUUUAAAGCUGCUUUAUACUUUAUUCUUGAGUUUUCUGUACUCAGUUUCAUAUUUUUGCUAAAAUGUAGUACAACCGAAGCAAAGGUCCUCUGUGAAUGCACUAGGUUAUUCAAUGUUCUUCAGGAUAUGUGUCUAGUAUAUUGAUUUUAAGAACAUGAAAGUACAAAUUUUAAACUGUAGGCUGUGAACAUUUUGUCUUCCAAAUUAUUUUUUAACCCAAAAAAGCCAUUGGACCGCUCAUUGUUCACUUACAACUGUGAAGAGAUCAGUCAGGCGAGUGAUUGUUUUCUUUAAUUAACAUAAACUGUGAAAAAGAUCCUAUACUGAAAUUUUAGCGGGCAGAAAUUUCCAAUCUGAAAGUACCUCAAACUCCUAAGUAUACAGGCCCUGUAAAAGGAACCACUGUGGGGUAUCUUAGUUAUCAUAUAAUGAUCAUUUUUUUUUUGGAAAUUUUCCUUUGUCCUUUAUUUGCCCUUUUUAUGCCAGGGUAAAGUAAACUGAUGGUACUGAAAUACAAGACUGAGAAAAAUGGGCAAUUAGAAAAUAAAUAAAAAAAACUUGUAUUAAAGUUGCUGAUAGUCAUUAAUAACUGUAUUGAUUUUGUUGAUUUUCCAGGCUCUUGAUGGAUUUAUCGCUGUCAUAACACAAGAUGGUCAGUUAUUUUAUGUUUCAGAAAAUGUUCGAGACUUCUUGGGGUAUUCUCAGGUGGGUGACUGAAAUGUACAAUAACUUCUGUCUAAUCAAGUCUAUAGCACUGUUGCCCAGGGGCCCCACUCACAUAUUUUAAUGACGGGGGGGUCCGAAGGAUUGUUUUGGGUCUGACAUUUUGGCCAAAAGGGAUUUUUUGGGGUCUAUGAAAGACGCCGGGAUUUUUUUGGGUCGCGAAAACAACAGAGGGAUUUUUUUGGGUAUUGUAUUUUUCAUCAGCUCAAAUCAAAAAUAACAUAAGCGCAAUUUAUAGUUUUGUUUUUGACCAAAACACAAGGUGAAGUUGGCAUGUUUUAGCUUUCCAGAAGAUAAAUAAUAAAAUUUGCUGAUGCAAAAACACUGAGGGAUUUUUCUGGGUAUGCUAAAAAAGGUAGGGAUUUUUUGGGGUAGACAAAUUCUGAAGUUGGGAUUUUUUUGGGUAUAAAAUAUGAACCUCUGUCGGACCCCCCCGUCAUUAAAAUAUGUGAGUGGGGCCCCUGGGACUGUUGCUUUUCCUCUCAGAUGCCCUUCACUGUGUCAAUGUUAAAGUGAAGCGGUGUUUAUGUUAAGGCUUUCCGGUCAGGUUAUUCAGUCCAUUUAAACUACUGGUUGUCUUUAAUUGUUUUGUUCUUCUGUUUUUGGUGCUCUUGGCUAUAGAAUGUUUCUUUUGGUCAAAAAAUCAUACCUGAUUAUUGUAUUGGAAUCUCACUGGGAGUAAAUUAUCAGUUUGAGGCCUGGUUUUCAUAGGAAAAGGCCUUGAUCAUUGAGAAUUAUUUCCCCGUCUCCCAAACAUGUCAUCCUUGCUUUUGUAGCAGACUAAUGAAAACAUGAUAUCAGGACAUCUUGCAUGGUCAGGGGAGAAAUUAAGGAUUAGUCAGGACGAUUCUGUUUUUCCAACACUUCCAGGGUUUCUGUGACUAGCCGACACAAUCACUUCCAGCAUAAAAUUCUAUCUUAAUAUAUUAAAAGAUGUGCUCGUCAUGCGAGGCACCUCAGCCCUCUAGUAUAAAGAAGGGAAGGAACAAACUUUGCACUUCGCACUUAACAGCCAGGCCCCGGUUGUUCAAAGGCUGGAUAGCAUUAUUCACUGGAACAUAUCCAGUGGAUAGUGCAAGUAUUUUCCCUAAUACUUAUCCACUGGUUAGAGAUUUAUCUGGUGGAUAACGCUAUCCAACGUUUGAAUAACCAGGGCCAGGCUUCUAACUCAUUUAGACAAAUUAGAAGUCUUCUAAUAGAUAUGGCUAUUCAUUAAAUUUUUUAAGAGAGCACUUUUAAUUUUUCGUCAGGCUGCUGUUAUUCACCAGAGCAUGUUUAAGUUUUUACACAUUGAUGAUCAGGAUAUGGUCAAGUCCAACCUUGCAUGGCCAAAACUCACAGGAAAAAAUGCCAAAGCAGUAAGUUAAUUAGACAGUUGAACCCUCAUGUGUGGCCACCAUAGAGAUGCCAAUCUCUGGAAAUCUAAAAUCUGGACACUCUCUCUUUUGCAUUACCCCUCCUCCCCGAAUAUCAGUGACCAACUCCCCCCCGAAAAGCACAAUUCGAUCCAGUCUCUAAUUUAUCACAUAGGAAUCGCUAAGGACAUUAUGUGAAAUCUUAAAUGAGGUACAGACCAUCACAAUUUGCUUUUAUGACUGUAGUGGUGAAAUAAUCUUUGUCAGUGAUGAAAUACGUGCAAAAAUGCCAAGGAAACCAAACUGUGAAUCAAAGAAAGUUCGAAUUUUGGGAGAAAAUGGGAUAAAUUCCAAAUUGAAGCACAGAAAAGCUCAUAACCCAACUUAAUCCAGGAGAGUUGGCAUGUGUGCCACCUGUUGUAACCAAGUACCUCCCAUAGGCAACCACUAACCAUAUUAUGAAAUCUUCUCAUUAGUUUUUGUAAACAAUGAUUUCUGCGCCUUGAAUUAAAUGAAGUAUUAGUUUUCAUGGUCUUAAUUUCCACUAUUUUGGCCCCAAAUUCUCAAUACAAUUCUGACAUUCGUGACACCUAAGAAAGAAGAGUAUUUUAUCAGGGUGGAGAUCUGCCAGUAACAGUGAAACUGUGAAAAACACUCAAAGUAGCCAGAUUUCAUUGCUUGACCCCCUUUGUCAAUUAGGGAAAGAACUGUGACAUACAUAGAAAGAUUUAAAUCACAAAAAUGGAACAAAACUUUAAUCCUGGAUAAGCGUUGAUUGACCUCUUAGAUAAACCAGGCCCUGAUUUUAGCUAGCCUGGGUUUCCAUGAAUGCUUCUAAACAGAAGGCAACCAUUUAUUUUUUUGUAGAUUUGACUGUAUAGUGUAGAAACAAGCCAACACAGACAGCUCCAGAAAUAUUAUGAGUUACAUGUAAACUCCCAUAAUCUCUAAUAUUCAGAACUAAGAUAGGAACUUAUUUAUUUCAGAGGAAUGAUGAUAAACGUUGUGAUACAUCAAGUCAAGAUGGCAUAAAGUCUAGUGAAAUUCUUGGUAAGGAUUAAACUUAUGUGUCAGCUUAUUUUAUAGCUUGAGUUUCAGGAGACCAGCAGCAUGAAUUUUGUUGAAUGAAGUUGAUGAAAAUAUUUUGUUGUUGUCAUUGUGCAUUAUCAUCUAGGUUCAGAUGAUGGUGACAGUCUAAACCGUUCAUUCACUUGCCGCAUGAAGUGCACAUUAAACCAUGGUGGAGGGUUUUACAAGGUACGUACAUGUAGUGUGGUGCUUGUUUAGGCUUUGUUUUAAUAUCUAAUUUACCCCUUCAUAAAAACUAUAGAAAUUUACAUGUACACUUACAUCAGUCACAUGUAAUAAUUUAAAACACUCGCUGUCAGUGCUAGAGUGCUUAUACUAUUGUUUCUCCUCGUUCACUGUAGCUUUUCAGAUUAUCUGGUAGAUUAAGGGAAAUUCACACCCGCAAGCGAGACAGCCAAGUUGUGGAGUAUGGCCUUUUUGCUAUCUGCUCCCCUGCUAACAGUCCUAAUACACACCAUCCUGGUUCAAGCAUUAAGAAAGAAGUUGCGCUAACUGCUCAGAAAAGAUUAGAAAGAGCCAACAGUGACCCCAUUUGCGGCAGGUAUGCUGAUGUUUAUUGUUGAUGUAAUUUUCUCUGGCCUGAAAAUAGUUCUUUUUUCUUAAAGGACUCAUGUCUGACCAGAUCACCAUUUUAAGCAGAAAAGUAUCAUGGAAGUAAUGUAAUAUUUUUGCAAAAGGCUUUUUUCCUAUCCAAAAGAUACCUGAGGAUGCAAAUGAUACUUUGAUAAGAUACAGACUUACCUAUAAACGGUUUGACAGUCAAUAAUUAAACUUAAAUGCAUUUUACUGUAUAAGAACGUGUGACUUGCAACAAAGUUUGCAGAAACAAACAGGUUUUUUGCUGUCAAUUUACAGCGAAUGGUCCAAAUCACUUCCGUUUUCUCUUAAAAUACCUUACAAAGCUAAAGCAGAUCCAACAACAAACAGGCCAAGUUUGUUUUAUUGGGGUAUUGGGUUCAUGUGGAAGUUUAGGGACUUAAGAUAUUAAGUGGCUAUGCCUUGCCUAAAGGGAGGCAGUAGCCACAAAAGGCGUGCUUAAGAGAGUGCACACAUAGAACGUCCUUUUCUUUGACCUUUUGUGUAAAACAGUUGUGCAGAUCCCUUCUUAUGUAUUGAUUUGAUAAAAUUUUUCCCUAACCCUUGUGUAAAGGUGGUUUGAUAUUAAAAAUAAUAUUAAUUUUUGAUUUCAAUAUUUAGGAGAUCGUCCCUACCUCUCACUGGCAUGCUGCAUUCCAUGCCAAUAAACAGACCUUUUUCCGUGUCUGAAACUCGCUCUGCUGCUGUCAGUCCCCUGGCUUCGCCCACAACCUCAUCAGACUCAGGACACCCGUCUCCGGAUUCCAGUCAAGGUGGCAAGCUGUUACUGACCGACUCUGACAUGCGAAGUGAUAGAGGUGAGAUUUCUCUGGCACCUUCGAGCAGCAGUAACCAAGAUGUGGAUGGAAGGUUGGGUUCUGACCGAUUGAUGUCUGGAAUGAAUCAUCCAUUUAUGAAUGCCCAUAGAAUGGAUCGCAAAAGAGCUGCCAACUUCAUGGAGUCACUCAGAGCUGAUGACAAAGAUCCAGCAAGAAAGCGCUCCCGCAGCUUGGCAGAUGCCAGUGACUUGUUUUUCCGGGAUGGAGCAGAUCCAAGGUCUUUGUUUUUCAGGAGCAACUUGCCCCCUGUUCCUGAAAUUAAAGCUGAAAAUGUGAAAAAGAAAGAGGAAUGCUCCCAAUCUUGUGAAACAACAGCAGAUAGAAGGCCAAUGAACAAUCAUGACAACAGGUUGGAUGCAGCUCAAGGCCUUGUGAAUCUUGGCAAUAUGGCUUCUCAAUUUCCAGGGCUUUGUGCAUUUCCUCCAGAAUUUAUGUAUCCUGAUGUCAUGUUUCCACGUGACAUGCUUCACGAGCUGCAGUACCUCCGAAACCCUUUUGACAUCCAUAACCCUUGCUGCCUAGGAAAUGAUCCUUACACAGCCCUGGCUAUGAGGCGAUGGUUGAGUAACCCAGAGAUGUUCCGUUCUCCAUUGAAUCCAUUCUUAGCUGCUCAGUCAGCUCUUCUGACUCCAGCUGAGAGGCUUGGCUUUUUAAAGUUUCCAUUUGGCUAUCCUUCUCCCUUCUCUGGCCCUUCACCAUUCGAUCUUGGUGCUGCAGCUGCUGGCCUUAGUGAAAGGAACCUUCCUGAGUUCUCAGCGAGAAGCCUUUAUCGAAAUGGCCUAAUCCCUGAAAUGGCCAGGAAUGGCGUGUCAAAAGAAGCAGAUCAAAGGCAUUCUCCUUUAACCGAGAAACCCUCCCAGUCACACGAAAGCAGUAGCAGUUCCACUCAAAGCAAGAGAGCAAGUCCGAAUAGAGGUGUUGUGGUCAAGAAGGAGUUAGUGGUUGGUGAUAACGAAGAAGAUACUGAUAGUGCGAAAGAGGAGCCAUUGGAAGGGAGGAGAAAGUCAUCAAAGGUUUGCAAUGGAUCCAGUGAAUCUGAUGAUGAUGAGAAAGUUGAUGUGGUGGGCGGAGUAAAGCCGUCAUCUGGGCUGCGACAGACAUUUGCAGGUAUUCAGGAAGAGUUUAACAGCCGACUGGAAAAUCUUAACAAGUCAUUUGUGAAAUCUUUGGAUCACAAUGUGACUUCACCCAAAGCACAGUAA